AAUUGAAAAACAUGUCAUCGAACCCUAAUUCUAGGGUUCUUAGUUCUUACGAUCCGUUCACCAAUUGAUCCGAUAACAAAUCACUCUAUUGUCUUUCAAAUCUCAAUUCAAUCUCAGAUCCAGCAAAACCUAUCAAUGCAUUUCGUUUGAAUCCGUAAAUUUUAGUUAUAUCGAAAGCUAGUGAUCUUAUUUUGAGAGUGAAUCGGUAGUCAUGUUCUACGGUUCAGUGGUAUGGGAUCCAUGGCUAAUUGUAGCUCAAAUUGUGUGCAUUCAGUGCUUGUAUUAUCUCACAUUAGGAGUUAUUAUGACGGUUCUUGUUGGAGCUAGGGUUUCGAGGAUGAGUCUCGUUUACUUUUUUGAUUAUGCGACGGUUACUCUCUCCACUGUUACUGGCUGGUGUGUAAUCACUUCCUUCAUUCUCAGUUCUAUCGCUGGAGCUGGAUUCUUGCUUUAUUGGAUCGAAAGAGCAAAAAAGUGCCUCGAUUUUGCAGCCACACUUUACAUAAUCCAUUUAGGCAUAUGCGUCUUAUAUGGAGGUUGGCCUUCAUCAAUAACAUGGUGGGUUGUCAAUGGUACUGGAUUGGCAAUAACGGCUUUGUUGGGAGAAUAUUUAUGUAUAAAACGUGAAUUACGAGAAAUUCCCAUUUCAAGACUCAGAUCUAGUGCUUGACAGGCGAAAACAAGCUCAUGAUAGCAUGUAAUAGGAUCUCUUUGCAGAAGAAAACAAGUUCGCGAUAUAAUUAAUAGCGUAGAUUAGGGAUGAACGCGUAGCUUUUUGGAAUGAGACUUGAGGAACUAGAGUAGGGUGAGUGUAUUAUGCGUUUUGCGUAACAAUUGGUGUAAUUUUGGACUUUUGGUAUAGGGACACAGUUAAUUUUUAAUUUGAUAUAAGUUUGGAUGAUGA